UCUACAAGAUAAAAUAGGAAUUUCGAUAAACUUCCAUCAGUGUAACGCAAAACCGCGAAAAUGCCGAUCGUUCUUUACAAAACAAACGUGAGCCCCCCGGCUAGGGCAACUUUAAUGAUAAUCGACAUUUUGGGGAUCAAAGUUGAGACUAAAGAAGUCAAUCUACCCGGAAGAGAGCAUUACACCCCGGAAUACUUAGAAAAGAACCCACUUCACACCGUGCCAUUGUUGGAAGACGACGAUUUAACACUCGCAGAUAGCCAUGCGAUCAUAACCUAUCUUGUCUCAAAAUACGGAGGUGACGAGCACGAGAAAUUGUACCCUAAGGAGCUGAAGGCAAGAGCGAUAGUCGACCAACGGUUGUAUUUCGACGCAACUGUUUUGUUCCAACGACUUAUAAGUGUAAUUUACGGAGUUGUGAAAAGGAACCAGAAGCUUAGCGAUCAGCAAAUAGCCGACAUUAUUGAAGGUUAUGAUAUCUUGGAAAAGUAUUUGAGUAAGACUGCGUAUGUUGCGGGGGACGACGUCACCGUCGCCGACGUGUCGUGCGUUGCUACUUUAUCAUCAUUGAAUAGCAUUGUGCCGGUAGAUAAGAAAUAUAUCAAAAUACAUAACUGGUGGGGACAAUUGCAAAAUGAAGAAUGGUAUCAGAAGAUAAAUGUUCCAGGCAUGAAAUUGUUGGAUGGGUUUAUUAAGCAAUUUUUAUAAUCAUGUACCUAUGUAUAAAAUGUUUAGAAGCAACAAUGUUCAAAAUAUGUAUGUUACUUUUAUUAAAUAUUGAGAUUUCCGUAACUCAAGAGCACUGUUAUGUUUUGUGAGUAAUUUUGGUUUAUACUUAUUUAAAUGUUAUUAUUUUAUAUUACUUAAUAAAUAUACCAUAUAUUUACGCAAUAUUAA